AAACAGAUCAGGAAAAAUCAAUGAGAAAUGUUUCAUUUUCGCUUUCAGGACGAUAGUGAACACAAUGAGAUUGUUAACAACAUGCAGUCAUCUAUUCCAGUUCUUACUGUAUUUGGUUUUACUUCUGUUGCUGAGUGUACCUAAUGUAUAUAGCCAGUCAGUGGUAACAUCUAAUCAGGUGGCCAAAGAAGGUGAUGGUGAAGUGGUGAUACCAUGUGACUAUUCACAAGUUAAUGAAACACCUUUGUCAGUCAUAUGGAAUGAAGUAAAUGAAUCUGGAGAAACUAAUACAAAUAUUAUUGUAAAUGAUGUAAUGACUGUAAAUGGACGUUACAGCUUAAGAAAAUCGCCUGGGAAUGCUGACCUGGUUAUCACAAAGCCAGUAAGGAAUGAUACUGAGAGAAGAUUUAAAUGUGAGAUACUGUUACAAAGAAGAAAAUUCAUACAGUCAGAUCCUUCCAUGCUCACUGUAUAUUACCUAGAUGAGCCUGUACUGUCUGCCUCAGCAAGCAGUGUCUAUGAAGGUGAAUCAGUGACCUUGACCUGUAGUAAACCUGAUGGUGAUCCGGACCCUAGUAUCACAUGGUAUAAAGAUGGACAAGCACUCAGCACCACAGACACAACUAGAUUUACUACAAGUGAAGAUGCUCUUGAAAUACACAUUGAAGCUGCAACUGCAGCUGAUGGUGGCAGGUAUACGUGCAAAGCUGAAAGUGAUCAAUUCAGAGAAGAGGGGAAAAACAGCAAUCAAAUUGACUUGAAAGUAAUAUAUAUUGCAAUUACAUUUGAAUCACAAGGUGGCACUGCAACAUGCACUGCAAAAGGUAAUCCUAUCCCAUCUUCCUUAAUGAUACACAAAAAUGGAGAAAUGAAUGACAAAGGGGAACUUACGGCAUCUGUGAAAAUUAAUGAGGAGAUUUGUAAAGCAGACAUCACAUGUUCUGCGGAGAACGGAGCGGUUAGUGCAACAGAAACAUUGAAGACAUGUAAGACAGUUCCAUCUAGUUGCAUAGCCUUGACUACUGGAAUGUUUUUUGUCGGUGUCUUUGUUGGUUGCAUCGGACUAGCAGCUGGAUUGAUCGGCUACUUUAGGAUUAAACAGAAGAAAUCUGAAGCCAUGCGAAGUACCGACACCAGAAAGCAUGAUACUUACAUGAAAUACAUAGCAGAUACCAGUGAUGAGAACCAUACUUAUCAAGAUCUACAGCACACAAAAGAAGAAACAGCUUACAUUAAUGCCAGGGCGGGAAACUACCAUCAUAAGUGAACACUUUGGCCCAUAUUCUCGAAAGUUUUAGUCCGGGACUAACUUUAGUCCUGGAAUAGUUAGUCCUAGACUAGAGUUAGUCCUGGUUUCGUAUUCUCGAAACCUGGACUAAGUAGUCCAGAGCUAGACCCGACUAAUAUUUAAAUCAUGGAAUAUGUGAGGUCAAAAGAAUGUUCUCCACGGCAACGCCAUAUAAACAUUACUGAUCAUGCUCAGUACGUCUGUUUGAACUGUUUCUCGGGCAAAAUUAUGUUUUUAUCUCAUUUAUAGUGUUUUCAUGGAAAUAUCAGAAUUGUGUCCUACACACUUGUACAGUGAAUUUGUUUUGGGGUGAAUAAUUAAUUCUAACAACUUUAAAAUUGUUUUGAAAACAGGCCCGUAUCCAGCUUUUUGAAUGGGGAGGGGGGGUGCGUUUUGCGAUCGCAGCGAGUAACCAGACUGGGGCCCAGGGGGCCGAAGGCCCCGGAAAAAUUUACUUUCAUACGUCCUAGUAGACUAAUUUGAAGGCAUUUUAUCAUGUUAAUCUCUAUAUGUCCGUGAACACA